AUUUCAAGUGCGAUAGUCUUGACACGCGGCUUGUAAAGAACACCACCCAAUCGUUGUUUGAUUGAAAAAAACUUUUGAAAAAUGCUAAAAACGUAUUUAGCGAUAUUUUUAUUUGCUGGCCUCUUGGCUUCAUUGGGCUACUGUGAGACUACUACCACAACAACACAGAGUUCAAAUGCCGUAGAAGAGGAGGAAAGCGCUCGUUUCCCUGAUGGAUAUAUUGUUUCGAAAAAUUUACCAGAACUUGAACCCGGCUGCUCAUUGAGCUUCAAGUGCAAGCGCAAAUUACAAAACGCCGAACAACCAAAGCCCUGUGUGCAAACAUGUGUCGACAGCUUGGUGUGCAAUCAUCAAAAGCGACCUAUCCAAAAAUAUUUCUAUUGUGUCAACUUCAACGAGGAACUUGUCGCCCAAGAACAUGAUAUUGCAAUUUCCAAGCAGAAGAAAGGCGGCAAGGUGGCCAUGAUUGACUUCCCCUGCCAACCAGGUUAUCUGCCUGACAGCCGAGGACGUUGUCGUGAAGUUUGGUAAUUGCGCUGAAUGGGGAUUUACUUUUGCAAUGGAUUCAAGAUUAGCCGUAGUGUAUGUUAUCAGUGAAUUAUUUUAUUUCAUUAUA